GUUUUCAUUUCCUAAAAUCCCCUGUUUUUCCCGGCGGCCACAUGUCAGUCGGCGUUCCGGUGAAUCCGUCAAGCAGCAGCCAAUUACCGGCGGCGCCAACAACAACAAGACGGCGCGUGGCUGAUUCUCAAGAAGAUCAUUCCCACGUCAACACCGUCGGAGGAGGAAACGCAGUCGUUUACGUCCCCGACGAGGAAGAAACCGCUACGAGCUGCGGCGGCGGCGGAGGAGGAUCAUCGUGUUGUCCUAGUGGCUCCCACCACAAUUACCUCGUCGGGUUCCUCUCUCUCCGUAAAUUCAGGCUCGUGUGGAUGCUAAUGGUUGAAAACAAAUCUAAAUGGACGGCUGGGAUUGCUCGUAACAUGAGAUCCACGACCAAUAUUGGCCGGUUGAUUCUAACGUUAUUGACUAUCCUCGUCGUAACUUUUUUCCUCAUCGUUGCUCUCUCCGGCGGCGUUCAACGACGGAAAAGACACGUGGAGAAACAUGAAUUCGUUGUUUCAAUUCAUCCAAGACCAACCAUUGAGAAAAUCAUUAGAGAAGAUGAAUCAUCCAAUUCCUUUCAAGUCCUCGUUCCAAAGACUAAAUCGAUCCCAGAGAUUUGGAAUCAACCAGAGACUGGGAACUAUCAGAAAUGUGUAGCUCGUCCUAAGAACCAAAGACCAAUCAAGCAAACCAAUGGUUACCUUCUUGUUCACGCCAAUGGUGGUUUGAAUCAGAUGAGAACUGGUAUAUGUGAUAUGGUCGCAAUCGCUAAAAUCAUGAACGCAACUCUUGUUCUUCCGUUUCUUGACCAUUCAUCUUUCUGGAGUGAUCCAAGCUCGUUCAAGGACAUUUUCGACUGGAAACAUUUCAUCAAAGUACUAGCAGAAGAUGUCAAUAUUGUCGAGUAUUUACCGCAAAAAUUUGCUUCGAUCAAGCCUCUUGAAAAGAAUCCUGUGUCCUGGUCUAAGUCGAGUUAUUACAGAAACUCAAUCUCCAAGUUACUGAAGAAGCAUAAGGUGAUUGUAUUCAAUCACACUGAUUCUCGGUUAGCGAACAACAGUCCGCCUCCUUCCAUCCAGCGGCUUAGAUGUCGCGCAAACUAUGAAGCUCUUCGCUACUCUGAGGAUAUAGAGAAUCUAAGCAAUGUUCUAGCUUCAAGACUUAGAGAAAACAACGAACCCUACCUCGCUCUUCACUUGCGGUACGAGAAAGAUAUGUUGGCUUUUACUGGAUGCAAUCACAGUCUAUCCAAUGAAGAAUCGAAUGAUCUUGAGGAGAUGAGGUAUAAUAUUCCACACUGGAAAGAAAAAGUGAUCAAUGGUACAGAACGGCGUCUUGAAGGUAAUUGCCCUAUGACGCCGCGUGAAGCUGCCGUCUUCCUCAAGGCGAUGGGGUUUCCUUCGACUACGAAUAUCUACAUUGUUGCAGGAGAGAUCUAUGGUCAGAACAGUAUGACUGCGUUCCACGAAGAGUUCCCAAACGUUUUCUUUCACUCUACAUUGGCCACCGAGGAAGAGCUUUCGACUAUUAAACCUUACCAGAACAGAUUAGCUGCUCUUGAUUACAAUUUAGCACUCGAAAGCGACGUAUUCGCUUAUACUUAUGAUGGAAACAUGGCGAAAGCGGUUCAAGGUCAUCGCAGAUUUGAAGGCUUUAGAAAAACGAUUAAUCCUGAUAGGCAAAGAUUCGUGAGAUUGAUUGAUCGGCUCGAUGCAGGACUCAUAUCUUGGGAAGAUUUCUCGUCGAAGGUUAAGAAACUACAUCAGAAUAGAAUAGGAGCACCGUAUCUUAGGCGGCCAGGAAAGGCAGGCUUGAGUCCAAAGUUGGAGGAGAAUUUUUAUGCUAACCCUCUUCCAGGUUGCUUGUGCGAUACGUCUGAGGAACAAUCAAGCCUUAACCGGUUUGAAAGACCAAGUCUACGAGCACAAUCUCUGAGAUAAGAGGUUUCAAUUCAACGAUUUUUUUCA